GCCUUCCAUCACGCAACUGCCGGAGUGGUUGCCAUGGCGAUAGAGGACGCAGUGCGGCCUAGCUGCGCCCACCAUGUCUGGCUACCGGCCUGGGGUGCUCAUGGGCAACUGGAAGGAGGACGCGUGUCUGGAGGAGGAACGCCUGAGGGACUUCAUACAGAAAAGAGAUCGAGGAGAACUUCUAUCGCAGAAAAUCAACAGAUUUAACGAUAAUCUUUUAAAGAAGGUGAAACUGUCGGUGUCUACGGAUGGAUUUGUUUGCUUUGGAGACACGGUGAUGCUCCUGAGCCCCAGCAAGGAGCCCUCAACGCGGCAUGAAGUUGAGAUGUGUGGUGAGAUGACACUGGCGCUGAACCUGGAGGAAGUGUCCAUAUAUUCACCGGUGUCACUACACGCACCCUGUGCAGUGAGCGCCAUCACCACCACGGGCGCUGUAGGACGGAAUACGUUCUGUAUUUUAAGUGUUGAUGGAGCACCAGUGGGUGAACCUGUCAAAUUUGGGCAAAAGUUUGGUCUUGGAACAACAGGAGGGUUUUCUGCUCCAAUGUUCUAUCUAGCAAGUGACCAUAGAACACUUAUGAGGUCUGCCAAAAAGUCUCACCUUCAGCAAGUAUUUUUGACAGAUGAGCCUUCCUAUUUGACGUGCUGGCAAGCAAACUUCUUGGAUCCACAAAUGCGUCUCGAAUAUGAAGGACUUCCCGUUCCUGCAAAUUGCAAACUGAUUAUUACUCAUUGCCAUACUAAUAGAGGCUUGGCUGUUCCAAGGAACGUUUGGGGAAGGUCUUUCUUUGGAAGGGAAUAUGAAGUAGUUUGUCACACUUACCUGGACUCCCAUCGAGCUGAAGAAGACAAGAAUUACUGGGUAAUAGUUACAGGAAAUCCCGGUGCUGGGGGUGGUGCUAUGCACAAUAGACCAGAGCCUCAGCCAGGAGGAACAGAAAGGAAUGAGUUGAUGAGAUGAAGAAUAUAAAAAUCCCAGAUUACAACUGAUAGAGAUUGCUUA